AUGCUGUCUCCUAGUUUUGCCUCUGUGCUUGUGCUUUUGCACUGUGUGGCAGGCUGGUCAUCCGUCGUCGUCGCGACAAGCCCCGCGGCAGCUGCUAGCUCUUCCUCAACCUCCAGUAGCAGUGCUGCGACGUCUUCUGCUGCGAGUACUUCUGCCUCGAGUACUGCUACAGCUGCACCAUCUUCUUCUCCUUCAGGGACUCCUUACCCUUUGAGCGUCACAACCUAUCUAGCUACUGAGACUGGUCCCUUGACUCUUCCUAUUUCAGAGUACACGUUCAGCCCAUAUCCUACUCCGUCUACGGCUCCUGACCCUCCGGUCUUCCCUGCUACGGACCCCUUAUAUCCGCCUCCGGUUAGCGCUGACCCACAAAUCGUCCCGGACUUUGCUCCCGCGUGGGCUAUAGCGUAUGGGAAGGCAAAUGCAUUGCUUGCCAACUUCACUUUGGAGCAAAAGGUCAACUUAACGACUGGAGUCGAUGGUCGCUGUGUUGGUAACAUUGCUCCAACAGGCGAUUUCCCCGGUCUCUGUUUGGAGGACUCGCCUCUUGGUGUACGUUACACUGACCUGGUGACGUCGUUUCCUGCUGGUAUCACCACAGCUUCCACUUGGAACCGUGCUUUGAUGCGCACCAGGGGAUUAUACAUUGGACAAGAAUUCAAAGGCAAGGGUGCACACAUUGCCCUCGGACCGAUGAUGAAUAUGGGUCGAAUUCCACAAGGAGGACGUAAUUGGGAAGGAUUUGGUGCAGAUCCAUUCCUCUCAGGUGAGGCAGCACACGAGACCGUCUUGGGCAUGCAAGCCGGUGGGGUGCAGGCGACUGCAAAGCACUACAUCAACAAUGAACAAGAAUGGAAACGAACUAUGGAGUCGUCAAAUGUCGACGACAGAACUGAGCACGAGAUAUAUUCCCAGCCUUUUAUGCGUGCUGUUAUGGGCGGCGUAUCCUCUGUCAUGUGCAGUUAUAACUUGAUCAACGAUACUUAUGCCUGUAACAACAACAAAACCCUGAAUGACCUAAUGAAGCGAGAAUUCGGAUUCCAAGGGUAUAUCAUGUCUGAUUGGACUGCAACGAUGGCAACGCUCUCUGCAGUAGCUGGACUGGAUAUGACCAUGCCCGGACCAAUCGGCUUUAGUGGCGAUGCCUCGUACUUUGGUGGAAAUCUGACUGCCUACGUAAUGAACGACACCAUCUCGAUGGAACGUCUAGAUGAUAUGGCCACUCGGAUCGUCGCUGCAUGGUAUUACAUGCAUCAAGAUUACGACUACCCACCUGUUAGUUUCAACAUGAAUGACCCAUACGACCCCGCAACGAACUAUCAUAUCAAUGUCCAAAGCAACCAUGACACAGUUGUCAGAGAAAUCGGCGCUGCAGGAAGCGUACUUCUAAAGAACGAUGGUGUGCUGCCAUUGGACAAGCCCAGGAGUCUCAUAUUGGUCGGUAGUGAUGCAGGCCCACCUGAAGCUGGUCCAAAUCAGUAUGUAGAUCAAGGUGGAGACCCCACAGGGAUACUUGCGAUGGGUUGGGGAUCUGGGACUGACAACUUCACAUACCUCAUUUCGCCCUAUGAAGCUAUCCAGGAGCGUGCCAGGCUGGAUCAAACCAGUGUCUUCUGGGACUUUGAUAAUUGGGACCUUGACCAAGCUGGUAACCUUGUCAUUGACAUGGAGGUCGCCAUUGUUUUCGUGAACGCUGACUCGGGUGAAGGAUACAUUGAAGUGGAUGCAAACUACGGAGACAGGAAAAAUCUGACUGCCUGGCAUGAGGGAGACGAACUAGUCUUGGCAGUGGCUGCGCAAAAUAACAACACCAUCGUCGUCGUUAACAGUGUUGGGCCUCUCAUCAUAGAACCAUGGAUUGAACAUCCAAACGUCACUGCUGUCGUUUGGUCAAGUCUUGGUGGUAACGAAGCGGGUAAUGCUAUAAUGGAUAUCUUGUACGGCAACUGGAACCCGUCUGGCAGGCUGCCUUAUACCCUCGCUAAAAGCCCCUAUGAUUAUCCCGCGAACCUUACCACAGGUGGCACUGAAGCUGACAUUUUGUCCAUAAAUUACACUGAAGGCCUCUUGAUCGAUUAUCGUUGGUUCGAUGCUAAAAACAUCACACCACGUUUUGAGUUCGGCUUCGGACUGAGCUACACAACCUUCGAGUAUUCAAACCUUGCGAUAACACCAGUCAGUCCCAUGGAUAACGCUCAGGGAGACCUCGUCACCAAUUGGGAAAAUGGAGGUGCAAGUCCGAUAGCUGAAGGCUCAACUACAGCUCUCUGGCUUCACAUGCCAGCCUUCCAAGUCACCUUCAACGUGAAAAAUACAGGAUCAGUGUAUGGCGGAGAGAUCCCUCAGCUGUACCUUCAUCACCCCGCUUCUGCAAUGGAGCCUCCUUCGAUCCUGAAGGGUUUCACCAACAUUGAACUCUCGCCAGGAGAAACAGGCUCCGCGUCGAUCACUUUGUCACGUUAUGACUUAUCCAUCUGGGACGUUGUUGCGCAAGGGUGGAUAAAACCGAAUGGAACCAUUACUUAUUCAGUUGGUGCCAGUAGUCGAGACUUCAGAUUAAAUGGCACUAUUCCAUUGUGA